AAGGGUUGUGCUGCUGCUCUGCUGCCCUCUGGGGCAGCACCAGAGAUCCUGGCUGCUGCUCCUAGGAAAAACUUCGGUGGAAGAGGCAGCUUGGGCGAGGUAGAUGGGUCAGGGAGCCUCUGACAGAGCUUUUGUUGCCUUGUGCAGCUCGCAAGGAGCUGUUUUGAUUGGGCAGAAGUGACCAGCUCAGUGAGGUGGAUGGUGCUCACAGGUGGUGAUUGCAGGCAGGAGACCUCAUCCAGGAGGGCAGGGAUCCAUUUCACAGGGCUCUGAAAUGAUCUCCAGAGGGGUUUCUCCACUGGGAAGUGAGAGCUGGUGAUGUUCUGGAAGGGAGCUGGGACAAAGCUCUGCAGAAAAUGCUGGUGUGGGGGACAAUGGUCAGGUAUCACCCCAGCAAAACUCUUACAAGGCAUCCUGGCAGCCCUGUCACCAUGGAAUCAUGGAAUGGUUAGGGCUGGAAGGGACCUUAAAGCCCAUCUUGUUCCACCCCCUGUCAUGGGAAGGGACUCCUUCCACUAUCCCAGGCUGCUCCAAGCUCUGUCCAACCUGGUCUGCAACACUUCCUUUCCACUUCACUUCCAAGUCCCCUCACAGUUGGAAUAAAUCAGCUGAGACUCCAUUUCCUUCAUGCAGAAAGCCAAUUCUUUAUUCUUUGCAGGAAAUAUCAGCACUGUGUUAAACCUAAUUGGUCAGCAAUGCAGUGAAACUCAGUUCACUGGUCAGUAAGGGCUAUUGUAUAUGUCUGUCAAAUUUUCUCUCUAGAUAUGUUUACAUUUUUCCUUUGUGGAGUCUCAUGGGACAGAUCUUAUUAUUUACACAGGUGCAUUUGUUUUUCACCCUCAGAAUAGAAUGUUGUGUUAAAGGAACUUCUGAUUCUCAAAAUAGCUUCACAUGGCAACUUGCAAAUUGCUUGUUAGCUGCACUUAGAAGAAAUGACAGGCCAGCUUUGGCAAUUUGGUUUCAUAAGGCCUUUCUUUUAUAAUUCUUCUACCUGUCUACAACAUCUCACCCUUUUCAUUAAUUUUUAAAAGGCUCUGUUCUGAUCUUAAAACAGCUUGCUCUUGGGAGGGUAUUAUCUCAUUAAGGUUAUCACUGGUUAUCUAUUAGAUAUGGGAUAAAAGACUGAUUACAAUCAACAAAGCUUAUCAAAUUCUGUCAUGUCAUUGACACAGGAUUUUGCAGCAUGAGAAAACAAAAGAAUAAUGUCCAGUGUCUCUUAGGGAAAUGAAGAUAAAUGACCAUUGCUUUAAAGUCAAAUAGUUGAGGCUCAGGAGAAAGUCCAUUAGCUGGAAAUGUUGAUCUUUGACAUCACUGAAUGUCCUCCUGGAUCCUGGAACAGGGAAUAGCUGAAGAAGGUUGGUAGGAACACUAUCCUGUGAUGAUGACAUGAAGCUUUUGUUGGCAAAUUGCCUCUGUAUUUUCAGACACAGCCGAGUCUUGGCAGUCCUGGUUCUGUUCCUGUUCUGGCCACGAGGGCUGCAGGGUGAUGAGGUUAUUUCUCUUUCCACCGGGCCUCAUUUUCCCAGAGGUGAUCAGUGAUUGAUCUGACAGGUGACCACUUCAAACCUGCUGCUGAUAAAACACAAGCACGCCCUCUCUUGAAGUCAGUGAACCAAUUAGGCUUUGCAAAUUGAGGCACACUCAAUUGGGAUUUAGAUUUGAUGAUCUUUUUUCCAAAUUUCUAAUGCAAAUAUUGCAUUAUUCAACAUUCUUUGUCUAAAUUUCUAAUGUACAUAUUACAUUAUUUGGAUGUUCUUAAGGCACUAAAUUCACCUUUUUUUUUUAAUGAGAUGCUUGUCUUUGGUUUUGAGCAUGAGGAAACAUCAAGGCAAAACCAUACAUGUAGUGAACAAGAAACUGACAGCAAUCAGGAGUAAGCCAGGUACAACAAUUAAGACUACUUCAGCUAAUACACAUAAUUAAUAAUACAUGUGAAAUUAGGUAAUUAGGAAUCUCUGAAAUACUGUACCAUCAUGCCAGAGUCUGUGAACAGCUGACAAACCUCAAUUUAGUGAGAGCUUGGAUAAUUAUUUCCAGAUAAUAAUUCCCAAGCUCACUCUAAAGAUAGGUUCAGCUGUCAUAUAUAAAGGGUCAAAUUGCCAAGUCAAAGUGACCUGAAUCUAGUUUUGAUGCAGAAAACAUUGGGUUUAUUGACAAAUUCUCCUUCCAGGUAGAGCUAAGGCCUGGCCACAGCCCAAGCUCCAUCUGGGAGGGAAUUCCCUUAACACAUUUUAAAAACAAGGCUCUUAAGAAUAGCAGUUAUGAGUAAAGGCCUUGGGGUUAAAGACUAAUCAAACCACCUAGUAGUUGGAUCCCUCCAAAGUUUCCUUCAGGACAGAGAUGCUUCAAACACAGCAAACUUCUGGAGUGCUUCUGUAAUAACUGGGAAAACCACAAGACUGGCAGUUCAGAGGCAGCUUUCAAGGAAGCUCAAAUAUCUUUUCUUGGAUCUCUGAAAAACACUUAAAAUUGAGACAGCAUUGGGUCAAACCAUGGAGCCAGUGCAGGGACUUAGCCAGAGAACUGAGCUGAUUAAGAGAUGCAUAAGCAGUUAGAGAACAGAAAAGAAGGAUCCUGAAACGACACGAGUCUUUUAGAUAAUUGCACAGCGAUGUUAAAGCAUAUAACAAGCUGUCUAUAAAUACAGUAAUAACAUCUUAUGAAUGAUGCCUAGUAUAAAAUCAGUAAGUUCACAUCAUGGAAUCAAUAUAUCAACUUCCCUCUUAGGAAGUUGAGAUAACACCUUUCUAAACAGUCAUGUACCUAUGACAGCAAAAUGUAACAAAGGAAAGCACUAAAACAGCUUCCAAUCAACAGCAGCCAUAAUGGAGAAUCAUCACUGACUCUUCUGUGUUUUCUGUGGAAGAUAAAACAGCAGAGAUUGUAACCAGCAAUCGAAUCUUCACAAAAUCCAGGGUGAACACACCCUGUAUCUUCUUCAUCCACAAACAGGUGUUUGUCAGUGUUUCAUCACAGCUGUUCUAGUCGGAGUCAUCUUAUCUCUUAAAAGAAAACAGCUUUAUAUUUUACAGCAUAGAAAGGUAGUAUUUAAUUCUCUUAGAUUGCAAUGCAAGAUGUAACCAGAUGUAUUCUAUCACCAGCUGUUAAAACCAGGUGGGGCAGUUUUCUUUAUCUCUUCCACAACUGAUCCUCCCUUCAGGAGAUGUCUUUUGUUAAUGGGCCAUUGAGUGUCCCUGCAUGGCUGAUAAAGUGACACCAUCCCAUUGGGAGAAGCUCCACCCAGGGGGAGGAGCCAAAGCAUUCCUGCCUGGAUAUAAUCUGAGGCUUGGAACACCACAGCCGCCUUUUUCCACUGGAUUCCCAGAGGAAGACCAGACACCAUUGGACCUUCAGAAGACAAGUACAGCCUUCUACAGGAUCACCCCUUCAACAGAACCACGUUUGUCAUUCCAGGAAGACUGCAGCCACCAUUUAUUCGGACGGCUGCCAACAUCCUGACCGACAGGGUGUCAGGUUAUAUUCAGGCUUUGUCUGCUUCAGCAGUAUCAUUUUAUUUGUGAGCUAAUUAUUUCUAAACUUUGAGGAACUACUGCAGAUAAAAUUGAAGGUUAUAGGACUUGGUUAAGAAAUUAAUUAAAAAUAAUCUUGGGAGAAGAGGAGAGCUGCAGGCGCACAGGGUAGCGGGAGGUGUGAGUGGGAUGGAGACGAUCCUGGAGCAGCAGCGUUGGAACCAUGAGGAGCAGGAGCGGCUCAUGGAUGUGAUGGUGAAGGAGAUGCUCACCAAGAAGUCCAGGCUCCAUGACCAGAUCUGCUCAGACCACGGCAGCUGGGCCAUGCAGGACAGGUACCUGGAAGUGAGCAGCAACCUGCAGGAUCUGUAUGAUGACAAGGAGGGCCUGCGUGAGGAAGAACCUGGUGCCAUUUCCGGGCCAAAUGAAUUUGUGGAGUUUUACAACAGACUGAAGCAAAUCAAGAAAUUUCACCAGAAGCACCCACAUGAGAUCUGUGUUCCUGUGUCAGCGGAGUUUGAGGAGCUGCUGAAGGCCAGAGACAACGUGAGUGAAGACGCUCAAAAUCUGGCGGAGUUCACAGAUGAGGAAGGGUAUGGACGAUACUUGGAUUUGCAUGAUUGUUACCUCAAGUACAUUAACCUGAAAUCAUCAGAGUAAUUGGAUUAUAUCACUUACUUAUCCACAUUUGUCCAACUCUUCAAUAUUCCCAAGGAGAGGAAAAAUGCUGAAUAUAAGAGGUAUCUUGAAAUGCUCCUUGAGUACCUGCAGGAUUACACAGAUCGAGUGAAACCAUUACUGUACCAGAAUGAACUUCUUGAGAAAAUUCAGAAGGAGUUUGAGAAGAAGUGGGAGAAUGGCACAUUCCUGGGCUGGCCGAAAGAGACCAGCAGUGCCCUCACCCAGGCUGGUGCCCACCUGGACCUCUCAGCCUUCUCCUCCUGGGAAGAACUGGCCUCCCUGGGACUGGACAGGUUAAAAUCAGCUUUGCUGGCUUUGAGGCUGAAGUGUGGUGGGACUCUGGAGGAGGGUGAUCAGAGGCUUUUUAGCACUAAAGGCAAAUCCCUGGAAGCACUUGAUCCUUCCUUGUUUGCUAAGAAUCCAAAGACAAAGGGGGAAGCAAGAGAGACACAAAGAAAUAAAGAUCUUGCGUUCCUGGAAGCUCAGAUUUAUGAGUAUGUGGAAGUUCUUCAGGAACAAAGACACCUCACCCAUGAGAAUGUGCAGCGUAAGCAGGCAUGGACAGGGAAGGAGAGAGAAGAGGAAGAGCAGAUCAAUGACAGCAAGAGUGAAGAUGAAGAAAAUGAAAUCAUUUAUAACCCGAAAAAUUUACCUCUUGGUUGGGAUGGGAAUCCCAUCCCAUACAGGUUGUACAAACUCCAUGGUCUGAACAUCAACUACAGCUGUGAGAUUUGUAACUCCACCUACCGAGGGCCCAAGGCGUUCCAGAGGCACUUUGCAGAGUGGAGACACACCCAUGGCAUGCUGUGCCUGGGCAUUCCCAACACAGGGCACUUUGCCAACGUCACACAGAUUGAGGAUGCAGUCUCUCUGUGGGCAAAGCUGGAACAGCAGAAGGCUUCAGGGAGGUGGCAGCCAGGUACAGAGGAGGAAUACAAGGAUUCCAGUGGGAACGUGGUGAAUAAAAAGACCUACAAAGACCUGAAGCAGCAAGGGCUGCUGUAGCUGUCCCCAGGUGAAGGGUCACACAUCUGCAGAGAGAGUGGAUCUGGCAGCAACUCUUUGACUUCUUCAGUGUCUGGAUUUUGUAUGUGCAUGAAUGUAGAUUUCAAGAAUACUUUAUAGAGUCACUUUCUAGUAAGCCCCUUAGACAUCGUUUAUAUUAAAAAACCCCAAAACAAACAAAAAAAAAAUGGAACAGAGGUGCAGUGGCCAGGCCAUGUUUUGGGGCAGGGGAGGUCUGCCACACCACCCCAUAUCUACAACAGGUCUCUUAGAUGAACAGCAAUUAAAUAUAGAUCAGCUGAUUUCAGAUAAUGGGCAGGCACUGCCCCAAAAAGGGGGGAGGAGGGCUGAGCUGCCCCAUGCCACCACCAGCUAGGGAAGGGAAAACUCUGUGACACUGUCCUGUGCUGCUGCACCUCUGUUCUCUCCACUAGAACACUUGUGGUUGAAAAAGAGGAGGGGGGAAAAAGCAAUAAAAAACAAACCCUGAAAACUGCACACGGUAAGAGGAAAAAUACCAAAAGACAAAGGUAGAAAACUCGAAAGUCACCAAGCACCUGCGGCUCUCCUCUUCUGUUUUGGAGUCUGCGAGUUCCACAGGGGCCACCGACCAAGGGGCCCAGCCCUGGUGGAGCCACUGGGUCCAGAAAGAAGCUUUGCUGUAAAAAUACUGUCCAGCCACCACUGGUCCUGCAGUUUGAGUUCUGCUGGAGGAAGGGACCCACUCAGACAGCUCCCGUGCACCAUCUGGGGGUAACUUAAUUGUGACAGAGGUAAUUUUGCACAAGCACGCAACUGAGUUCUGGUUCUGGGCUCCUGGUUCUUCAUUUGUUUCUCCACAUGGUUUGGCUCUUGCUGCCCCUACUGCUGUGCCCAGCUCUGGGAUAGAAGGGAAAUGACUGACACGUGUCCAUGUCCUCCCAAGCAUCUGCACGCAGGGACACACACACAGGCACUGUCCCAGAACCAGGGUGGAGGCUCAGGCUCCACUAAAUACAUUUACCAAAUUGGGGACCAGUCCCUGCACCACACAACACAGUAACAAAGGUGUCAGCAUAAAUUUAUUGCAAUUUCUUCUUUUCCCAACAUAUUUUGCCUUUUCUAACUCACAGUUUGGCUUUCUUUCUGUGGUGUGUACGUUCCUGUGCAGUCACUGCUCCUGUGUGCCAUUUCCACACCACUGUUCUAUUCUGCAACUUCUUUCCUCACACCUUAGCAGCUGACUGUUCACUCACCAUGGUUCUUGAGACUUGUCUCCACCAGCAGCUCUUAGGCUGCCUCACCUUCCAGGACUCUCUUUCAGCCACAUGUCUCCUGAGGUUUGGAGACCACAUUUGCGUUCUGCAGCUCUCAGUUUGUUUCUCACACUUUCUCCAAGGAAUUUUGUUCAUUUCCAUGUGUUCCACGCCCUCUGCAGCCCCAUGCACUCACUGCCCGGGUUCUGCUUCACCGCUGCCUCUUGUCUUUGCUUGCUCCAUCUGCAGCCCUGGCCUUUUGCUACUUUGUAAAUUCAUUGCUUGAAUUUCUUUUCCUGCUGAUCCUACGGCCCGCGGUGCUGCCGAUGUGUCCAUGUGCUGUGUCUUGUCUCACUGCUCUUCACUCUUACCUCAUACUCAUGGCCAGCUCCAUCUUCCUUUCAUGACUUUGUGUAUUCCAUCUUUAAGCCCUGUCUCACUGCCUGGUCCUGGGGUCAGCUUGGCUCCUUUCACCUUUUUUGCGACAGGCUGUUCAUCUCCCUUCGCUCACGUCUUUGGGGGUCUCCAUAUGUUGGAAUAAAUCAGCUGAGACUCCAUUUCCUUCACGUAGAAAGCCAAUUCUUUAUUCACAAAUCUCAUGUUUGUGGGAAAUUGUUAAACCUAAUUGGCCAGCAGUGCAGUGAAACUCAGUUCAUUGAUCAGUAAGGGCUGUUGUAUAUAUCUAUCAAAUUUUCCCUCUCUAGAUAUGUUUACAUUUUUCCUUUGUGGAUUCUCAUGGGACAAAUCUUUUUACACAGGUACAUUUGUUUUUCACCCUCAGAAUAGAAUGUUGUGUUAAAGGAACUUCUAAUUCUCAAAAUAGCUUCACAUGGCAACUUGCAAAUUGCUUGUUAGCUAUACUUAGAAGAAAUGACAGGCCAGCUGUGGCAGUAUUAGCAGAGUGAGGCCUGAUUUCAUAAGGCCUUUCUUUUAUAAUUCUUCUACCUGUGUACCACACCUCACUUGUGUAGAGGUGUAGUGAGCAGUUCAGAGCUUCUGGCUCCUCUUGCCCAGCCUGGUGCUCUUCUGCUUUAGCUGUCUCAUCAAAGCCAAGUUCCUUGGAGAUCCUCCACCUUCAAACUUCAACACCCUGACCUGUGCUGGGAGCAGAAGUCUGGAGAAGCCAAAUUAUUCAUCCCUAAAAAGUCCAUGCCUGUUUUUUCCUAUCUCUCCUGCAGCUUGGCCACCUCUCAGUCUGUUUUUUCUGUCUCUC